AUGUCCGGCCCCUCCCGACUCCGCGCCCUCCUCGACCCCUCAAACCCCUGCAUCGCAAUGUCAACACACAGCCCACUCUCCGCCCUCCUAGCAGCCCGCACGCCCUUCCCAGCCCUCUGGGUCUCCGGCUUCGAGCUCGCAGCCCUACACGGCGUGCCGGACGCAAACAUCAUCUCCUACGACACGCAUCUCAACCUCGUCCGCGCCAUCUCCGACGUCAUGCCGGCCCACCACGCCGUCCCUCCACCAGAGUCGCACAACAACACUGAACCCACCAACCCAGCUGUUCAACCAACAACACCCUCACCACCACUAAUAGCCGACCUAGACACCGGCCACGGCAACGCCGUAAACAUCACCUACAUCGUCCCCAAGUACGCCCGCGCCGGCGCCUCCGCCGUCGUCAUUGAAGACAAGACGUUCCCUAAGGACAGCAGUCUUCGCCCCGGCGGUCGGCAAGUCCUGGUCUCAAUUCAGGAGUUCGUGGGCAAGAUCCGGGCUGCGAAGGCAGCGGCGCGGACGGCGGUUCACGAUCAAAGGGAUGCCUUGCUGGUCAUAGCGCGCACCGAGGCGCUGAUUGCAGGACUUGGGCUUGCGGAGGCGCGGAGGCGGGGAAUGGCGUAUGCGGCUGCCGGGGCGGAUGCGGUGCUCGUGCACAGUAAGAGCGUGACGGCGGAGGAGGUUGUGGCGUUUUGUGAGGCGUGGCCUGAGGUUGGGACCGAGGUCGAGGUGGAGCAUGAGGGAAAGAGGGUAAGGGUCAAGGUGCCGCCGCUAGUUAUUGUGCCGACGAGUUAUCCGGAGAUGAGCUUUGAGGAGUGGGGGAAGUUGGGAAAGGUUGGCUUGGUGAUUUGUGGGAAUCAUGCUGUUAGGGCUGCGGUUAGGGGGAUGACGGAUGCGUUUCGGAGGAUUAAGGAGGAGGGUGGGAUUAAGGGGGUUGAGGGUGAUAUUGUGGGCGUGGAGGAGAUCUUUGAGCUGCAGGGGGAUAGGGAGAUGAGAAUGAUUGAGAGGGAGUUUUUGCGUUGA